GCAUGCGCACUUUACGCCUGCAUUUCACAUACUUGCUUUCCACGCGUUAAAGAUUCACGCUUUGGGAAAAGUGAGAUUUAAAGUCAGAAAUAGUUUAAAUAUAAGAUUCCAUCAGUAUGGGAGGCCAGGCUAAGGGCAAAAAGAAAACCAAGCCGAAGAAGAAAGAAAACCGUCCAAACAGGGGAGAUCUAGGAUUUGCUAAUCUGACACCUCAGGAAAGGAUGAAAGUAAGAAUGCAUGAAAAAGCCAAGAAGAAGACAGCUGAGAAGUACUCAGUACAGCAACUCCUCGAAAAGACAGAAGAAUGCAUGGACAGUUUUGACUUCGAGAUGGCCGGUCUCUUCUGUCAGCGAGCCCUGGAUGUGGAGUCCACCAACCUGCAGGCUCUAGACAUGCUGGGACACAUUUACUCUGAGUUAGGAGACACACAGAAAGCUAAAGGAGCUUUUCUGCGUGCAGUGGAGCUGAGCCCGGAGGACGGCCACAGCAAGUACAUGUACCUGGGACAGAUCCACACUGGCAAAGAGGCUGUGGACUACUACACCAGGGGAAUCCAGGUUCUGCUGUCUGCACUGGAGAAACAAGAGACAACAACUCCUGCAGGAGCUGCUGCCCUCCCAGAUGAGAACUCCGAGCUCCCGACAGCGAAGGACGUCAGCGUCGCCUACUGCUCCAUCGCUGAGAUUUACUUAACGGACCUCUGCAUGGAGGAGGGAGCUGCGGACAAGUGCAGGGAGUUCAUUGAGAGAGCAUUACAGUAUCACCAUGACAACCCCGAGGCUCUCCAGCUUAUGGCCAGUUACCUGUUCAGCACGGAGAGAAACCAGGAAGGCAAAGAAUACCUGUUGAAGAGUGUUGGAAUGUGGCUUCCUGCGCAGAAACAGAGCGCAGCUUCUUCCACCACAGAAGAAGACGUACAGAAUGACAUCCCACCUUACGAGUCUCGCAUCACCACCUCCAAACUGCUCAUAGAGUCAGAGGAAUACGAGACGGCUGUAGAUGUGUUGGAGGGUCUUCUGGAGGAGGAUGAUGAAGUUGUCCAGGUGUGGUAUCUCUCCGGCUGGGUUUGUUACCUCCAGUGGGAAAAAGCGAAGGAGCAGCAAGAAAGAGAAGGAAGAGAAGUGACGGAGGAGGAGAAGGAGGAGUGGAAGGCGUUGACAGAGGCGGCCAGAUCGUACCUGACGAAUGCUAAGAAGCUGUACAGUAAGCUUCGGUGUGAUGACCAGCCGAUGUUGGAGCAUGUGGAGCAGCUACUGGGCGAACUGGGAGGCGAGAUGGAGGGAGAGGAGGGAGAACCAGACCUGGAUGAAGACUAUGAACCCUGUAGCGAUGAGGACGAAGCAGAGGCACCCAUGGAACACUGAUCACACCUCCUUAGUCUGAUUUUUUCCCCCCAUCGUGCUUCCCCCGUAUUUCUUGUGGGCUCUCUAAAGUGCCUUUUUUUGAAUGGUUUUCCUUUCACACCUGCUUAUCAAAGAUUAAAUUUGAAUUCCACUGAUAUGCACAAAGAAGAGUGGCAUUAAAAGCUGCAGUCUACUCAGUCUCUUUCAGUCAGUUGUUUAAUGCUUUUGCUAAAAUAAGUGCAUACUUGAGUAAUGCCUCGCUUAAUCUCCUUGACAGAUGUUGAUGAAAGAAAUUAGUUUUAGAGCUUUACUUCUCACCAGCAGCAGAAGCAAAACACCUUUGAAUGCUUUUUCCUCUUGUUCACACCCACGCGUGGUUUCUACAGGCAGGCAUACACGACACAUGCGCACAGCCAAAACAAAAACACACAAAAGCAGCAUGUUAAUUACUUCAGCUCAGCGGCAGCACCAGUGUUUCCUUCUUCAAAACUGAAUCAUCUUAUGUGAGCAUUAUUCAAAAACCUGUCCACCGACAAAUGCUGCCUUUAAAUGACAUUCUAAUAUCCCAAGCCUAUGUGCAACGCUUGAAUUCUUAUGUGAUUCUGUUUAUUCUCCCUCUUCAGUUGUUUUUUUUUUUUUUUUACUUUUUGGUUACUUAUUGGGUUCACAGAGACACAGUAGAAAGAACUUGACAUUAACUUAAGCAGAACGCGUUUCUGUCUCUGCUAAACUGUUCAGAGUGACUUGCAUAAAACCUUCUAGAGAGGAGAAACGGGACAGAACUAGUUUUCAAGCUGCACCGUGCAUGGGUUAGUGUGGCGGCGUGGCACAAUAGCGGACAGAUGCUUUUCACUUUUAUUUAUAGAUUUUUUUCUUAAAUUGAAUACAGCAAGGUGAAGAGAGAGUUUGUAUAUGUGAAUGGUAGACAGAUGUUGCUGUUGUUUGUGAACAAAGAUAAGUAUUUGACCAGG